GGUGCAUUGUCUACCGAUAUGGAAGAACGCGGCGAUGGCGCCAGUACCGGGGCGCAUCUCGCGGUCGUAGCUGGAAUUUUUGCUACCAGCGGUAGUCUUCUUGGCAAGCUCGCCGGCGGCGCUGAUGCGUCGUCAUUGCCGUCGUUGCUUCUAAAAGGAACGCUUCUCAUCCUUAUGAUUGUGUGCAACACCAUAGGAUGCACGUUUUUUGUCAAAGCACUUCAUGCCAGUGGAUCUUCUUUGCCGAUGACGGUCGCCAGUGCAGCCACGAACUAUGUUUGUUCGGCUUUUGUAGGCUUCAUUGUAUUUGAUGAAUCCACUUCAUUGACCUGGUGGUGCGGAACUUCCUUGGUACUCCUCGGCUUGAUGUUGAUCUGCAAUGUUCCCGCUGAAAAGAACGCUUCCGCCGUCGAGGAAAAAUUGAAACAUCAAUAGCUGACGACGAGCGCUUUUAUAUUCCAAGCAAGAGCGAUUGCGAUUAUGUUAUAACGUCACGAUUACUUCCAUUUUUAUAUUGACAUUGAUAGAUAUUUAUUGUGUCCUUUUGUCGGAAAUGUUGUAUUAUUUAUGAAAAAUAAUAACACUGAAUUUCAAUGUAUAACAUGUGAAAGUAUUAAUACAAUAAAUAGAUAGAUUUUUAUUUA